CGACACUCUCAAUUCAAGCGUCCCCGUACUAGAAUCACAGAUGACCAACUGAAAAUCCUGCGAGCAUAUUUUGAUAUUAAUAAUUCUCCCAGCGAGGAACAGAUUCAAGAAAUGGCUGAGAAAUCUGGCCUUUCACAAAAAGUUAUUAAACAUUGGUUUCGAAAUACCUUAUUUAAGGAACGACAGAGAAACAAAGAUUCUCCAUACAAUUUUAGUAACCCUCCCAUAACAGUUUUGGAAGAUAUAAGAAUUGAACCACAAACCAGUUCUUUAGAACAUUACAAAUCUGAUGCAUCUUUAAGCAAACGAUCAUCUAGAACUAGAUUUACUGACUACCAGUUGAGAGUGUUACAAGAUUUUUUUGAUACAAAUGCUUAUCCAAAAGAUGAUGAAAUUGAACAACUUUCAACUGUACUUAACUUACCUACUCGUGUUAUUGUUGUAUGGUUCCAAAAUGCACGGCAAAAGGCUCGAAAAAGCUAUGAGAAUCAAGCUGAAACUAAAGAUAAUGAGAAAAGGGAACUCACCAAUGAGAGAUACAUUAGGACUAGUAACAUGCAAUAUCAAUGUAAAAAAUGUAGUGUAGUUUUUCCCAGAAUUUUUGACUUAAUUACUCAUCAGAAAAAACUGUGUUAUAAAGAUGAGGAUGAUGAUGCCCAAGAUGAAAGUCAAACAGAGGACUCGAUGGAUGCCACAGAUCAAACUCUUUAUAAGAACUAUACAUUUUCUGGUCCAUCUGAUUCAUCUAAAAGUAUGGCUAUAGCAACCACAGCAAGCUCUGGAUCUGGUUCUAGUACUCCUUUGAUGCCAUCACCCAAACCCGAGCCAGACAAAAACUCUCCCAAACCUGAUUUAACUGAAAAGCCAAAGCAAAAUGAUACCACACCUAAACAAGUUGAGACUUCCUCCCAAAGCAACAAAUUAAUGCAAUCUACUCUAACAUCCUCCACAGGAUCCUCUAUGGAUUCACAGCCCUCAGCUUCUCAAGCACAGCAACACAAACAAUCCCAAAUAGGAGGCAGACCACCUUCUACAUCACAAUCUACACCAGUUCCUUCCAGUCCUUUAACAAUUUCAAUGGGUCCUCUUCAAAACAGUCUACCUCCUCAAUUACUGCAGUACCAAUGUGACCAGUGUACAGUUGCCUUUCCCACUUUAGAACUUUGGCAGGAGCACCAACACAUGCAUUUCUUAGCAGCACAAAAUCAAUUCCUUCAUUCUCAGUUUUUAGAAAGGCCUAUGGAUAUGCCCUAUAUGAUAUUUGAUCCUAAUAGCCCUUUGAUGACAGGUCAGUUGCUGAAUAGUUCUUUGGCCCAGAUGGCACCACAAGUAGGUUCAACUCACACAACUCACCAUACUGCUUCAGUUUCUGGCUCACUUAAAAGAAAACUGGAUGAUAAGGAAGAUAAUAAUUGUAGUGAAAAAGAGGGAGGAAACAGUGGUGAGGACCAGCACCGCGAUAAACGAUUGAGAACUACAAUUACUCCAGAGCAGUUGGAAAUACUCUAUGAAAAAUACCUUUUGGAUUCCAAUCCUACUCGAAAAAUGUUAGAUCAUAUUGCACGUGAAGUAGGUCUUAAAAAGAGGGUAGUACAAGUCUGGUUUCAAAACACAAGAGCUCGAGAAAGAAAAGGGCAAUUUCGUGCAGUAGGGCCAGCCCAGUCUCAUAAAAGAUGUCCUUUUUGUCGAGCAUUGUUUAAAGCAAAAUCAGCUUUAGAAAGUCAUAUUCGCAGUCGACACUGGAAUGAAGGAAAACAGGCAGGUUAUAGUUUGCCACCGAGUCCUUUAAUAGUCAAUGAAGAUGGAGGAGAAAGCCCACAAAAAUACAUGUUUUUUGAUUAUCCAUCAUCUUUAACAAAAAUUGAUUUAUCAAGUGAAAAUGAAUUAGCUUCUACUGUCUCAACUCCUGUUAGUAAAACUGCAGAAAUGUCACCGAAGAAUCUUUUAAGUCCUUCGUCUUUCAAAGCAGAAUGCAAUGAAGAUAUUGAAAAUCUGAAUGCUGCUCCUGUUGAUAGUUGUUAUGAUCAGAGUAAAACUGACUUUGAUGAAACUUCAUCAAUUAAUACAGCAAUUAGUGAUGCUACAACAGGAGAUGAAGGAAACAAUGAAACUGAAAGUAUGAGUGGUUGUUCAAGAGAUGUGAAAUCAUCAUUUUCUAAAGAGCCAAAAAAUAUUCUCAAUGACAAUUUGCCAAAAAACACAAACAUGCCUAAUAUGGAGAACAUUGAUGAUAGGCAUUUAUACUCUAUGACAAGCCCAUCAAUCCUUUUAGGUGACAAAGACGACCAAAGUGUUUACAUUACUGAUGAUCCUGAUGAUAAUGCUGAUCGCAGUGAAACAUCAAGCAUUGCUGACCCAAGUUCACCUAAUCCAUUUGGAGCAAACAAUCCCUUUAAAUCUAAAAGUAGCGAUCGGCCUGGUCACAAACGAUUUCGGACACAAAUGAGUAAUUUACAACUUAAGGUCUUGAAGGCUUGCUUUAGUGACUAUCGGACUCCAA